UCCGAACAACGUCUGCAUCUCUCUCUUCUUUCAAUGGCCAUUGGGUCUCUGUUUCAGUGCCUCUCUCUAUCUCUCGCAGUUCAGCUUCCGCAAUAUUCUGGAUAACCCAAAACCCUAUCUCUCACUCGUUCACGCUUCCGCUCUACUUCUUCUUUUCAUCGAUUACACUUUUCUAUCGUUUUGUUUCAGAAUUCUCAUCCAUUCUUCACUGCGGUUUCUUGCACUUUUCCAUGUUUUUGCGGCGAUAGGAGCUUCGUUUUGAGAAUAUUCAAGGCCUCUCAUAAAAGUCGUAGCUGCACUAUCUAUGUGCUAGUAUGUUGUCUUCCUGCAACUUGUUCUGAUACUUGAUUAAUGGCGGCCAAUCAACGGAGAAAAAAAUUGAGUUCUGCCAGUGUAGUCAGUCACAGUACGAGGGAUUCAUAUAGAGUUAGAAAAAAGAAUUUUGCAUUGCCGCACAGUGAUGCAAACUUGAGAUCCCAUAUUACUCUGGUAUGGGAUGGGAGUAAAAGAAGAGUUGUUUCUAAAAGGGAACAAGUUGGCAUAAGUUGGAGAAAAUUAAGACCAUUUCUUGAUUCAGUUUCCAAUAAACACAGUAUCUUAGCUGACGUUUUUGAUGUUCCUCGUGAGAUUUUUGAGUUGAAAAAUUUAUCAGAAGUCCUUUCACUUGAGGUUUGGCAGACACAUCUUUCAGAAAAUGAGAGAAACGAUCUGAGGAGGUUUCUUCCUGAAGAACAAGAAAAUGAAACUGAUGUGAUGGAAGCAUUGUUUUCUGGGGAUAAUUUUCACUUUGGAAAUUCCCUUGUUAAAUGGGAGUCUUCACUUUGCUCUGGUGCCCUGCACCCCGAUGCAGUUCUUCAAGAUGAACAGUGUUUAAUGACAGCUAAAAAGUCGUAUUCCUGUGAGUUACAGAAGUAUCAUAACAAUAUGAUUGAAUAUCUGCAGAAACUGAAGGAUCGAUGUGCAAACUGCAAAGAUCCAGAGAAGGAAAUCAUACAUCCAACAUGGAGGUUGUGCAGUCGAGAAUACAAGCAAAAAAGAUGCAGAACUUCAUCAACUCCUAUAGAUGAUAUGCUUAAUGUGGGAACUAGACCUGAGGUCAAGCUACAAAAGCGCAACAUCCAGUGUAGUGAUGGUUCCAAAUAUAUGUCAUAUUUCAAGAUUAGCAAGAAGCAGCUUGACCUCGUGAAGAACAUGAAGCAAUCUGGAUCCCUUGACCAAGUUUUAGGUGACAUGGAAGCUUUUAAUGUACAACCAUAUGAAGUAUUUGUAGAGGAAGAACGAAAGAAGUUGCAUGAGCACUGGGUGCAAUUAUCAAAAGUUCAUCUCCCAGUUGCAUAUGCAAAUUGGAGAGAGACUCGUUUACAGAGACGGAAAGUAACCAAGGCCUUGGAGCAAGAUCUGAACGACAGGCAAAAAUUGCUGAUGGAUGUGGACACUGAAAGCCAUGAUAGCAUGCUUCGAGACCAAAUGGAUACUGAAGAAACAGAUCAAAUGGAUAGGGAAGAAACAAGGAAUGAACCUAUUGAAAAAUCAAUUUCUGGUUCCCAAAGUUGUCAAUCCUCAAAGCAGGUCAAUGGUGGGCUGGAGACCUACAGAAAUUCUGAUUCUGAAAACCACGACACCCCAAAUUCUGGUGAUGCUCAUCUUGAAGAAUCUGGAAUAUCAAGAAACAGGAAUGCUAUAGAAUGCUCAGCCAGUCAGGGAGAGUCCUUACAUUCUAUUGGUGAUGUUCACCCAGAACCAAGCAUGCCAAAGAAUUACCACAGCUCUGCUACCAGCCAUGAUUAUGCAACAUCUAUUAGUGUUUUGUCUCUUGCAAAUUCUCAUGCUGAUGAAGAGCGAAAAACAAACGUUUUCAAUGUUGAACCUGACAUGCCUGCCAGAGGUAUUGCUAAAAGUUUGUUGCCAAGACAAUCAGAUGACGGCUCUUCUGUGAAAUCUGGCUUACAUGGUCUGGAUAUUGGGAAAAUUUUGUUGCCUAGACAAUUGGAUAAUGGCACUUUUGUGGAACGUGAUUCGCAUGGCCGAGAUAUUGGAAAUAUUUUGUUACAUAGCGGAUCAGACGAUAGCACCUUUUGUUCUUAUGGAAACCAAGGUAAAGUUAUUGGAAAACAUAUGUUACAUAGACAUUCUGACAAUGACACCCUUAGUUAUGAAAAUCAAGGUAAGGAUGAGUUACUUCAUUCCGUGUUUAACAGACGGGGAGUAGCAGCUCCUCUGUCCUUCCAUCGUGAGGAGAGGCACUCGGGUUUAGAUUUCCAGCCAUCGAACCACGACUUGAUAGAAGAGAAUCGAUAUUCUAGACAUUUCCAGGAGCAACCAGAUUUAUCCGUGCCUUUGCAGCAAAGAAGAAAGGAAGACAAGCAAGUUUACUUGCAACAUGGUGUUCCUGAAAACAUUUAUCCUGAAGGCAACAAGUAUAUAAUCCCAACACAGCAACAGUUACCCUCAUCUGUAAUGCAGGACUGGACGGUGAACUCGGUUCCCAUGUCUACUCAUAUCCAUUCUCAUACCAUGAAUGCUGGAAGUUUAUUAGGCGAUAAUUGGUUUCCGGGAGAGCAUCAAGUCCGUGGAGGGUUUACUACGGGGUCAGAUGGUGUCAUAGUCCCAAAUCAGAAUAUUGGCAGUGGAAACAGCAGCACAGAUCAAACCUUAUUCAGUGUUCUAUCUCAAGGUAGUCAAUUCUGUUCCCCUUUUCAUUCAAUGGGCUCGAACAGACAAUUCAUUUCCCCAAGGAACCAUGGAAUGUUGCACGAAGGAAAUCCCAUGAUCGGUAACGUUCUACCAAAAGUAUCAAACUCACUCGACUACUUGGGAGGGCAUGAAAUACCAUCCCAGGGUAUGAACUGGGUAGGCAUGAGGCAUCAGAAUUCCAAUUUGACUGAUCCAAUGGAGAAACCAUACUUGAGAUCAUGGAAUCAAUGAGGAGAAAUCUGUGGCCAUUUUGUUUCCCUAUAAGGGACAAAAAAGAAAACGUCGUGGAUGUUUCAAUGAGAGCUGGUUUUGUGUAAUACAAGAUGGUAGACUGCUAUAUAUACCCAAUUCAUACAGGAAGAGAAGCAACCAACACCAUGUACAUAUUUAGAUGUUAGAUGAGCAGCUGGAAGGAAGAAGAAAUUUUGAAGCGAUGGAAAGAUCCAGGUCAAAAUGAUUGUUCCUGGUAAGGUAAAUUUUUGUAGCUUGUUCAUUUAUUCUUAGUUCUUCUAUCUGUUCUGUUGCUUAGAAAGAUGAUUUCAAUAAUUUUGGAGGCUACAAAGCCAUCUAUGAGGCCAAUGCUUAAAAGGGAUGAUUCUCCUGAUUGUUUGCUUUGAUCUGUGGUUUAUUAAGUUGUUGAUUAUUUUUCUGAGGACA